UUGACAUGACAAAUUUAUUCUUUGUUAUUGUUAAGGUUUGUUGUUUUUUGCAAGGAAAACUGUGAUUGUGAUAAAUUUUAGUCUAAAUUAGUAAGCGUAAUAAAAUGUCUAGUUCAGAAGAAAAACAUCAAGAUGACAUUACAACUGAUGCUUUGCCAAAUCCUAGACAUGGUCCGAAAGAUAAGAAAAUAGAGGAGGAAAUUACUUACACGGUAGAUUUAGAGGACGAUAAUCCUGAAUAUCAAGAAGUUCGUAAAAAUAAUUUCACUAGUUUUAAUACAAGAACGAAAAGAAAUAACGGAGGAAAAAAAUUUAGUCCAUCAACAGCUUCAGCUACAGUAAUAAACAUAUCACACUCGAAAGACAUACAUGUAGGAAACAAAAAUACAUACAAUUUCAGUGGGAAUGAAAAAAAUAAAAAGACUGACAUCCCUGAGACUUCUGCCAUUAGAUCUUUGAAGGCUAGCACACAAUCUUUAUCAAGAGAUGAUUUACAGUUUGCUGCCACUCAUAUGGACUCUGAAUGGAAAGAUGUAGCAAGAGCGUGUGAUAUUGGAGAAGGGCAAAUUUCUCAAUUUAUAGCAGAUCAUCAAGUAUAUGGUAUUAAAGAAGUUAUAUAUCAAGUAUUGCUGGAUUGGUUUCAGAAUGAUCCUAAAUCAGGAACAGUUGGUACACUGUGUACUAUUUUGUGGGACAAUAACCAAAAAGAUGUUGUCUUAAGAUGGACUCGUAGAAGAGAUUAGGGAAAACAAUGUUUUGUGUAUACAUAUAAAUAUAACUACAUUUUAAUCUUGAACCUUGAAAAUAUAUUUUCUAUUUAGAUAAUUUUUCUAUACACCUAAAUAAUAAAUAAACAAUUUUUAACAU